AUGAGAGUAACAAAGGAAAGCAAAGCUCAGGUAAUGGCAAAUGAUAAGAAUCACUGAGUAACAGACGACAAGAUGCCUGGAAACGUGAUGUCAGUAUCCUGCCAUAAGCACCGUUUCCUUUUGGUUGGCUUUCUUGGUUUCUGUCUUAACAGUUUUGUGAGAGGUCAGAAGAACAACACUCUGAUUUGCACCAAGGAAAAUACAAUUCGCAACUGCAGCUGUUCUGCUGAUAUCCAUGACUGUGACUACAACUUGGCAAACCUCAUGUGCAGUUGCAAAACCAUCUUGCCUUAUACAAUAGACAGAGCCAGCUACCACAGUGACCUAACAAUUUGGUUCACAGAUACGACCGUGCUUGGAAUGCUGUUGAACUUUACAGUGGUGCACUACCUGAAGCUUUCACUCUGUGGCUCCACUCCUCUACCAAGAGAAUACCUGGCCAUUUUGGGAUUGCGAAAGCUGCAAAUAAACAGUGUGGUUAUGGGCCAGUUUCUAGAGCAAAAUUUAACAAUCUACAAUAGUGGCGACAAUGAGAUGAGACACAAACUGAAGGUGCUACACAAAGACAGGCAAAUGUUUUUGUAUAUUUCUGUCUUGGAUACAUCUCUUUUCAACAGGUAUUCUUUACUGAAGUCCUACAGUGUGGAAAAUGUCUCCAGCAUUACAGACCACUUUCCAAGUCUGCCAUAUUCUGAUAUAUUUUCAACUACUACUAACAAAAGCUACGUUGUAACAUUCAUUUACUGA